AUGUUGGGCGCUGGUCGGUGGGACAUUAGCAAAUUCUGGUCUGAAGACUAUAUCACUGGAAUCACGGCGUUCAUAGCUCAGGUAAAUGAUGACAUAGUUUGCAUAGAGAGAGAAGAACGGUUUUACCGAUGGUUCAUUGAUGAUUGGGCCAGCGUUCUAAUUCAAGGAUUGGGGAGAAAAGCCCAUGAUACAGAUUUGCUCGAGCAUGAAGCGCUAUGCCAUCUGCUGGCUAAUUUUAAGAGGUCGCUCGAUGUUGAGCAGCUGGACAUUGCUUGCUUAAGACCUUUGCAGUCUAUGUUGAAGCAAGCAAAACGACGGCGUGAUGAAAUGGAGAAGUUGCUGAGAAGACUAUAUUCAGACUACUCUAGGUAUUUUAAAGCAAUGAGGGAAGCCUUGGACAUGUAUAAUCGGAAGGCGGCCCUGUCGGUCAUGGAAGAAGCAAAAGAGUGCAACGUUGACAAGUUCCCGAUCGAGCUCGAUGAGUGCUUAAAAUUUAACAGUGAGAUUGCAUUAGGUCAGUUCCUGGAAAAGGUGAAACAGUCGAUGCCGAGACAGAAGAAGGGCUUCAUGAAUUAUCUGGGCAUGGAGGGAAACAGCUCGUUCCAGGGCAAACAAUUAAUGGAUGCAAUCAAAAAGAACAGCGAGAAACUUGACACUUCACCGUAUAAUCUAGAUAGAUUGGGACAAAAGCUGCUGGAUCUAAAUCUGCUUCGUGAAGACGCUCUUGCGGUUACGAGCAGGCGGCUCUUCGAUCAAGAAGCAUAUUACCGCUGGAUAGAGACUGCUAACGAUCCGAGCGGCAGAAACUCUAUAAGCGGUUGGGUCAAAGGGUUCUCCGCGACCGCUGUGGGCGAUUUACCUCUAGAGCCUUUGAAGACCAGAUACUUUGAAACAUGCUGCAAGCUAGAGUUGUCAAGGUUUGAGCUGGAGAAGGCCAUCUACGAAAACUUCGAAAAUUACUCCCAUUUCGCGACCCUUGAGAUCGAUCGAACGCUCAGGAAGAACCGGCAGAUCUUCAACAAGCUCUACGGACAUGAUAAGGGAGAGGCCGCGGUGCCGCACUCACCGUUUCUGUGCUACCUGCGAAGCAGCCGAGCACCCAUAAUCAAGUGGGAGCCGGCUCAAGACUCUCUAACGCAACGGACGCUGAUGCUCGGGCGCGAUGAGAUCGAUGACGACGCUCUGCGAGCGAUCAGCCUGAUCUUGACCCAUGUGCAAGGGUUUGCCGAUGAAGCUGAUCUCAGGAAAAGGGUCUCGAAGGCAUGGCGAGCGGGCAGCGCUGUCGAAAUGCAGCGAGCGAUCAAUCUCAAGAUAGAGCUGAUCAAGACUUUCAGAGACACGCCGGACGCCACCAAUCUGAAAAGCGUCGAAGCGCUGAUCCGCGCCAACCGGCACGCUGUGGCUAACGACUGGACAGGUCUGAUCAAACUAUGGCUAUUAGAGUUGCCAAACAGCCUGAUCCCGCCAAGAUGCAUCGAAACGAUCUCGAAACACCACGACGACUCGUGGUUGGCCGGCAUGCCGGCCAACAACCUGCUCGUGCUGGCCGAAAUGUGCCAGCACUUCCGCUGGCUGGGGCAAGAGUUCGCGGCCUUCCAAGGCCCGAUAUCCCACUACUUCAUGAGAAGAGUAGAUUGCAUUCACGAUUUCCCUGGCGACUGCAGGAAGCUCGAACCCUGGCUGGCUGCCUUCCUGACGGCGUCGGAUUCUCCGGAAAGGCUCCAGCAGGCAUCCAAAGACAACAACUCUCGUGCUACAACGCCCGCCUCUCCGUCGCCGCCCGCUAUCCAAGUGCUCGAACCCGAACCUACCAUGACACCGCCGCCCGCGGACCCGGACCACUCGUUCAAGCCAAGACCAUUCAGGACAGCCUCUGCUGCAAGCUCCGCGCCCGGCUCGCCACUACCGAGCCGCGACUCGAGGAGAAUCAGCGGUCUCGUCAUCGAGGCUCCAGAGUCCAAUUGA